AGCUGAGGAAAGGGGGGGAUGGGAAGCGAGGCAGGAGGGGGAGGGGCCUCGGCGAGCCCAGAAAAACGACAACGCGAGAAAAAUUAGUAUUUUUGCACUUCACAAAUUAAUGACCAUGAGCUCGUUUUUGAUAAACUCCAACUACAUCGAGCCCAAGUUCCCUCCCUUUGAGGAGUACGCGCAGCACAGCGGCCCGGGCGGCGGAGACGGCGGCCCAGGCGGGGGCCCCAGCUACCAGCAGCCCCCAGCGCCCGCGGCCCAGCACCUGCCGGCGCAGCAGCCCCAGCUCCCCCACGCGGGCAACAGCCGCGAGCCCCCCGCCACCUACUACGCACCACGGGCCGCCCGCGAACCCUCCUACCCCGCUGCCGCGCUCUACCCCGCGCACGGUGCCGCCGAAGCCGCCUACCCCUAUGGCUACCGCGGUGGCGCCAGCCCCGGGCGGCAGCCGCAGCCCGAGCAGCCCCCGGCGCGAGCCAAGGGUCCUGCGCACGGCCUGCACGCGAGCCACGUCCUGCCGCCCGGGCGGCAGCCCCCGCCGCCGCCGCCACCUCCCCCGCAGCACCGCGCGGCGCCCCCCGCACCCCCGCGGCGUUGCGAGGCGGCUCCCGCCACCCCGGGCGUCCCGGCAGGGGGCAGCGCCCCCGCGUGCCCGCUGCUCCUGGCCGACAAGAGCCCGCCGGGCCUGAAAGGCAAGGAGCCCGUGGUGUACCCCUGGAUGAAGAAGAUCCAUGUCAGCGCCGUCAACCCCAGUUAUAACGGAGGGGAGCCCAAGCGCUCUCGAACCGCAUACACCCGACAGCAGGUCUUGGAGCUGGAGAAGGAGUUCCACUUUAACCGCUACCUGACCCGGCGGCGCCGCAUCGAGAUCGCCCACACGCUCUGCUUGUCCGAGCGCCAGGUCAAGAUCUGGUUUCAGAACCGGAGGAUGAAGUGGAAGAAAGAUCACAAAUUGCCCAACACUAAGAUGCGAUCCUCCAACUCGGCCUCGGCCUCAGCAGGCCCGCCAGGGAAAGCACAAACUCAGAGCCCGCACCUGCAUCCUCACCCCCACCAGGGCGCCUCAACACCCAUUCCCUCCUCCAUAUAACCUUCAGAGAUCUAGACCAGUUUCAUCCCCCCACCUGUUUUUCUCCUCUCUUCUGCCCCUUUCCCCAUACUCCUACCUGUCUGGACUAUAACAGACCCCAAAACAAAGCCCAGCUUGGCGAAAAGGAUAAUGAAAAAGAAGACAUUCUCCCCCAAAGAGUGUGCUGGUUGCCAACUAAGAGCAGACAAUAGCCAGGAUGCUGGCUGGCCUGAAUAAGGCCGCCAGGAUUGGGUACCUGAGGAGGACCACUUGGCAACCAAUACUUUUGAGAUGGCUAAAGUCAGCUGGAUAGCCCACGCUGACUGGGGACAUAUACAUGUAUGUUUGUUGCAAUCAGAAGGAAACAGAUCCUUUCCCCCACCUUCCCUACCUCCCCCUUCCACAUUAAGGCAGCUCAUACAAGCUUGUAUUGAACUGAAUAAACGAGUAGACAUUGUGGACCUCACAAGAUUAUUUAAUUCUCAAAAUGUAUAGACCUUGAUGGUAGAUGUGACACAUGUUAGUUUCCUUUCCUUGCAUUUAUUUAAAAUAUUGUUGUAGAGAUAUUGUUGUCUUAUUCUGAGGCACAAUCUCGGGGGAGAGGGGAGUGCAUUUCGACCCAUGUGCAACUGUACAAAUUGUGGUGUGGCUAUAUAAAAAGCCAUGUGCUAAGAAUAAACUCUGUUUUAAAAACCAUUAAAAGUUCCAAGACACAUUUGUAUGUUUCCUACUUUUAAUUAAAAAAAAAAAAAGGUUCUCUGGAUGGAGAUGUCUGCCCUUGUGUGUAAAAAUCUUGUAGAUGGCUCAAGUUAUGUUCACUUGGAUUCUGACUGCUCACAUAAUUUGUGUGAGUGUAUUCAACUUGAGCUGAACUCUUGUCAAGUUUGACCCACAGUGGGAAAAGUUCCAAAGAGCAGGAAGGCUCUUGAGCUCUGAGAGGGCUCCUCUUCUUCCCAAACUUGGCCAGGCUUUCAGGCUUCAAGUCUCUGUAAGGCAUAGAAACGUGUCCUUCCCUGCAAUGAAAGGUGAAACCACGCAGUGCUUCGGGCCCAGGAGUUUCUGCAGCUGUUCUACAGGCUGAACUCUGAGCACACUUGGAAAGAAGUGGUCCCUUUGGUAUUUAUUGCACCUUCACACUUAAUCUGCCUGUUUCCCUGGAGAUAGAAAAAAAUAGUUUAUGCAAAGAAUUGAGAUUGCUUUUUUGUUUCUUGGCUGUCUUUAAGGUUCACUUCACUACAGCUUCGGGGUUUUUGUCUUUCUUUCUUUACCUCUUUCCUUCUGAAGCCAGAGCUUUCAAAAUAAACUGAAUUUUCCUAAUAAACCCUCCAAAGUUUCUUCUGAGGAAAGAAAAAGCAUAAUGCCACCCUCAAAAUAUACCCCAAGCAAGGCAGACCUGGGAGUAUUCAGUGCUGGAAGAAAGCUCAACUCUGAGCGAGGGUCACUUUUCUUAAAUGCUCCUGGAUCUUUCUGCCCAACCUAAAGAUCUAGAUUCAAAGGCUGAAAAUCAAAACCCAGGGCUGUCUCUAUAACCAUAGUGUUUAUGUGCUGAUUUACAAAUCAGUAAAGAGGAUUUAGACUUGGUUGUCACUGAAGGAGUAUUCUACAACAAGAUGCAGAAAACCAACACAUGCCACCCCUAGAAUGUAACUGUCACCUGGCCUUAUAUGAGUGCAAUGUUAGGUUCGCGUUAUAAUUUUAGCAGAGAUGGGAGGGGGCGCUCACCUACCUUUGGACUAUCAGAGGAAUCUUAAGCACAUUUUUCCGUCAAUGGCAAACCCUUAGCCAGCGGGCAGUGCUGUUCCUCCUCAUGCCGCUGCCGCCCUGCGUGUGAUACAGGCAAGGGUGAUCAGUUCUUUACCUAUGAACAAACCAUAUCUGAGAGGAGAGUGAUGGACACCAGUCCCUGAAGGGCCUCCACCUCUCCCCAAGAAAAUUCAGGAGCAAACAAAUGCAUGCCUUCCCAAGUCAGGCCAAACCUGGCGUGAAGUACGUUUUAUAUGGUGUGAACGAGUGCCAGGGAUUUCUGGGGACCCUGCAACUGCUGCUGAAACUUAUUAACCCUCCCCCUACUACACGCACUUGUAAAACGAAAUUAAAUCACGCUGAAAAUAGCAAUUUUCCCAGGAAUCAUUAAUCACCUCAUACAAUAAAUACUUCUUUGUAAUU